UCAUAGUAUUCGGCUGCCAGGUAUGUUGAGUAGCUCGAAAAAGACUGAGCCACGCAACUUUCCCUACUACCGCGGGUGACCCUCAUAUCUCCCAUUAACUCGGAACACUCAAGCCAAGGGUAAUUCCGUAAUUCACACUCUCCUUCUAGAGAAAAUUACCCAGACACAACCGCCACGCCUCCCGAAAUUCACGUAAUUCCAACGGUUCAUUAUUAUGUCCAUGAAAUUAUGAUGCUGAACUUGGAGCCCAAGAAAACGGGUACACAAUACUCCCUGUACCUGCAAUGCAGAGAAUCAAAACCCCUCCACAGAUAUAACUUGCUCCCCACACAAAAAAAGAGCGUCACACAAAACAGAGCCACAACAAACCAACCGCUUUAAUUACCAAAAACCCCCAGACGCUUCUAAAACCCUCAUUUCCGACCGACGAAGAUGAACCGGAUCCCGGCGAGGUCGGUGGCCGGAGCUCUGCGCCAUGGCCGGAGCUUCAACAGUUACAUUUCCACGGCGUCGGUUGCUGCUACUAGGCUCACCGGUUAUCUGAACCUUCACGACGGCGCCACCGCUCUCGGCUCGUGGAGGAUGAUGAGCACGGUGACGCCGACGAUCCAGACGCCGCCGUCGGAGAAGGACAAGAAGGAGAGCUCCUCCGAGGCGAAGAAAGACGCCGUCGUUUCGCAUUAUUGGGGAAUUGCGAGGCCGAAGAUCACCAGGGACAACGGCUCUGAGUGGCCGUGGAAUUGCUUCAUGCCAUGGGAGACUUAUGAGGCAGAUUUAUCUAUCGAUCUGAGCAAGCACCAUGUGCCGAAGACGUUUCUGGACAGAGUGGCGUACAGAACAGUCAAGCUUCUUCGAGUUCCUACUGAUAUCUUCUUUCAGAGACGUUAUGGGUGCCGUGCAAUGAUGCUGGAAACUGUGGCAGCUGUCCCUGGUAUGGUCGGAGGAAUGCUGCUGCAUUUAAGGUCUCUCCGCAAGUUCCAGCAGAGUGGUGGUUGGAUCAAAGCCUUACUUGAGGAAGCAGAGAAUGAGAGGAUGCACUUGAUGACAAUGGUUGAACUAGUGAAACCUGCAUGGUAUGAGAGGCUUCUGGUUCUCACUGUGCAGGGAGUUUUCUUUAAUGCCUUCUUUGCGCUCUAUAUGAUUUCCCCUAAGGUUGCGCAUAGGGUUGUUGGAUAUCUGGAAGAGGAGGCUAUUCACUCUUAUACAGAGUACUUGAAGGAUAUUGAUAGUGGCAAAAUUGAAAAUGUACCUGCUCCUGCUAUAGCAAUUGACUACUGGAGGCUACCAAAAGGUGCUACACUGAAGGAUGUCAUCACUGUGAUUCGUGCUGAUGAAGCUCACCAUAGGGAUGUCAACCAUUUUGCAUCUGAUAUUCAUUAUCAGGGAAAGGAACUGAGAGAAGCCCCAGCUCCCAUUGGGUAUCAUUAAGUCAUUUCGUCUGCCAAUAACUGAAGAGUUAUUUUCACCUUAUAUUGCCUUGUAUAGGCUGAAAUCUAUGAUCUAUAUACAGACGUAGAAUCUCUUCGAAAUAGGCAUUUUAUGUUCUUAAUUUGAUUUUGACUCUCUCUGAUUGGGUGCAACAUCUUAAUGACGACUCAUAUUAUCGGGUUUGGUUGGCUUCCCGACUUUUCUUACAUUAAUCACUAACUCGGUCAAAAAAAAUCUAUCUGUUUCGGGAGAAUUACUAUUCUACUCUUGUGUGUCUUAGUCUAAUAGGUUUCCUGUUAGGAGAUAGAUUAGCAUCUCCGUAAUAGAUUAGGACUCCAAAUCCUACGGGAUUGUGGUUUUGUAAUGUCUAU